AUGUUACUGCCUUCAAACCGAAGGAAUUUUGUUCUCGCACGGGAAGGGGAAGAUCUAUUACCACUGGUGACUUGGUCAAAUCCAUCAAGCAUCAAGGAUCUUCACGUUUCACAGGCUGGAGACACACUCAGACUCUGGUACACGACCGAUGCAGAUGCAGUGCAUUACUACACAGCAACGACCAGCAAGCUCGAUCAUGGCAAGGUAGUUCCGCUUCUUCCUGAGGGCCAAGGCGGACAGAUAUCAAGUAUGCUGUCAAUCAAGUCGGCAGACAAGCAAAAGGCAACACUGGUCAGCAGCCUGAUAUCCGUGGACGAAAACGGCCACCUUAUGCUUCUCCAACAAGACUCGACAUCUCGGACAUGGCAAAAAUAUCCCUUCUGGCAGCCGUCCACUGAGAACGUCAUCAAGCUCAAGGGAUAUAUGCUUCGCAUGCAAGCAGUGCCUAGCAACGACGACGAGGCUUCACUUAUUCCCGGAUGCUGGCUGAAAGUUAGUGCCUCUGGUGUUGUCAGGUGCAUUGUCAACGGCAAGCAUGUCUCUGUUUCGCCAGAUCCACGGUGGCUUCAAACCGACGCCAAGGGCGUUCUCAACAUUGUUUUUCAGAACGACGAUGCAACAUGUCACGAAUUUGGUGCUGAAGCCUUGCGCGCCGCCAAGAAAGGUCCUAAGGAUAUAUCGAUCACGGAUGGCAUUUUGGAUCCAUCCAAGAAGCUGAUUAAGAAGCUAGACCAUGUCAAGUCAGCUGAUGAUGUUGCCAAUCUCAGGAAGCCGGAUGGAACUCGGCUAGUGAGUAGUAAUGCUUCUCAUGAUGACUUGAAAGCUGCCGCGGAUUCUAUGUCGAUGUUGGUCGAACAAGCAUACAAAUACCACGGAGAGCAGGCACUAUCGUUGAGAAAAGUGCCUUACACAUCUGAGUUGAACAUUUUCGAAGACUUUGUUGAUGACCUAGUGGGUGCUUGGAACUGGGCCGAGGAGAAGUUCAAGGACGUUGUGGAAUGGGGCUGCAACUUGAUAGAGGAUGCUGCUGGAAAGGUCUGGGCCUUUAUGGUCAAGAUCGGAGAAACAGUUUACAACUUUGCUCUCAGGACCGUCACUGCCAUUGCCAAGGCCAUCACCUGGGUCUUGAAGAAGCUUGAGGUUUUGCUUGAGGACAUCAUUGCCUUUUUCGGCCACUGGUUCGGAUGGGACGACAUUUUGGACACAUCUGAUAGCAUCGCUACUGGCUUCAAUGUCGCCCUCGAUUACGGACAAGACCUGCUCAACAGCUCGGAGUUCACUGUUGACUCGUGGCUGGAGAACCUCCGCAAGCUCAUUAAGUCUCAGCUACCUGGCUUACAGAACAACAACUACAGUGGUAGUCAACAGGUGGCCAGAGGAUUACACGAGGAAAAUAGCAACCUUUCAGCCGAAGGUCAAAGUGCAGACGACGCUAUAAAAUCCGGUGUUGCGUAUAACUGGUCCACUUACUACUUUACCUACGGCGGAGGCACCACCAACACUGUCUUAAAUGAUGAUGGCAAAUCUUACUCGACCGAAAAAGCGAUCGUUGCGCUAUGGGAUGGUGUCCAAAGCGAGAUCGACAACAUCGUCGGGACGAUAAGCAAGUUGGCUAAAGACUUAUUCGACUUCUUCAAGUCGGGCCCUGGCCACUGGGAUAUCAAAAGCUUCAUGGGACACAUCACUGCUGACCUUGUGGACGGCAUGAUUGACUCUCUCAAGAUCCUUGCAGACAUUUUGUUCAAGGCGUUUUCACUCGGAAUCAGUCUUGUCAAAGAUGUGGCCAACCAGACGAUUGAGAUUCCGGUGCUUGGAUGGCUAUGGAAGAUGCUAACGCACGGUCGCUCGCUUUCCCUCUUGGAGCUAUGCUCUCUUCUAAUUGCGAUUCCUACCAAAGUUCUCUACAAGGCCAAGACGGGCCACGCCCCACCGAAGCUUAAGGGACGUCUAACGAAAGACUCCUUCCGUAGAUAUCUCUCAGGAACUGCCGACAGUGCACUGGCCAGGGAAAAAUUAUCAACUGCCGACAGUACUCUCUUCAAAGACAUCGCCAAUGUUAGCCUGGCGGUGACCGCAAAUUUGGAAUUUAUCUACAAUGAAUUUGACACUCUGGUCCUAUUGGCAGAUGGCGCCUUUGAAGGGAGUGGUCUUGAGAUUAUUCCCACUGGACCUAUCAAAACUCUCAUGACAGUGAUUAACGCAGCAGAACUUAUCUUCGAGGGAAUUGACGCCUUCGCGAGUUUCCCUGCUGGUCUUUUACCCGGGUCGUCCAUGGUCCAGGUGGACAAUGCCACCGUUGGGAAAGUUGCAAAGUACUCCGCAUUCGGUCUCCAAGGCGUCAAGUUCGCAGCCGGUAUAGUCGUCAAGAUCGUUGGGAAGGUCAAGAGUCUGGACCAAAUGGUAAUCAAGAGAUGGAAGGGCGGCAUCACUGCGGUCAUCUCGGUGCCCAUGCUUUGCGUUGCUUUGACAGCGGACAUCAACGACUCGGUGGAAGGGAGGAAAAAGACGGUCAUUAUUGUUGACCAUUUCUUUGAGCACUUCCUCAAGUUUGGCAAGCAGUGGGGAUAUGCUGUUGCUUGUUGGAACAACGAGGUUGAGAAUGAGCUUCUGUACAUUGCACUUGUUGUCAAAGUACUAUGCGGAGAUGGGAUAUAUGGAUUCAAGAUUACAGACUUUGUUGUGGAUCAUGCGUAA